AUGCCCCCCGAUGCGGCGGCUCUACCCACUCCACCAGACAUACCACCGUGGAAGGACGGCCGUCCUUACUCGGUGGGGGGCAACAUGCAUUCCAACGGUCCGGUCACCAGACCAGCCUCUUAUUCGAAUGGCGCUCUGCCAGGACCACGACCUAGAUUUCCCAAUAUCAAAGACCUGCAGGAUCAGGCAGCGCUCUUGAAGGUGAACGAGAACACACCAAUUGACGUCCUACUGCGAACCGCGGCCGCAGCGUCUGAACAAGCGAAGAUCCUCGCGGACGGUGACGACUCCGACAAGGCUUAUGUACAGUAUCUGCGUGCGUCCGAGAUUACCAUUAACCUCAUCCCCCACCAUCCUGACUACCGGACAAUCCAAACCCGCAAUCCAGAGUUAUACAAGGAAUUCGCAGCUCUGAUGAUGGCGGUGCGAAGCAAGCAGGCGACGAUGGAUGCGAUUAAGCGUGAGAUCAUCGAGGACAACUUGAAUAGUAAUGUGCAGCCGACUGGGUCUUUCACGUCUACUUCACCACCAGCCUCCAGCUCUUUGCGAGGUCGGGAGAACCAUGAUCCAACAAACGCCUCUGUGAGGAUGCCGAGUCCAACGGAGUUUCAGCGGAUACCUGAUCCUCAAGUACAGCCCAAACAGUUCUCAGGCCCCGCAGGGGAUUCUCUGGCAGAACGCUUUGCGAGGUUGAAAACCUCCCGGACUCGCGAUGAGUCUAUUUCAAGUGUUGCAACGUCCACUGGGCAGUCCAUCAACGCGUACACCGCUAAUACACCUGCAACAAGCCAUGGUUCCCCAUACGGGUCACCCUCGAAACGCCCUAUGGGCCCUCGCAGCAUGGGAUCUCCAAACCAUAUUCCAUCCGUCCCUCCCAAACUCCCAUUGAGCACCUCUUUGCCACGUGCCCCGGACCCCGCUUACAGUCCGAUCUACACUGUAUCCACUCAGCCUCCUCCAAAUCCGCCACGAACGUCAACCGAGAGCACACGAUCGUUCAAUCAACGAUAUUCCCAAUUCACCAAUUCCCCACAUGGGAGUCCAAGUCGCGGCCUAGACGAUCACCCGUACCGGUCGCGAACACCAAAUGGAGUCAACUUGGGGCGCGAAACACGGAGUAACUCUCCAGACUUGCCCUAUAAUACCCAUAUUACAGCCGAAAACUUGAUGGAUUAUUUGCGAAAAUUCAAUGUCUUGGUAAUUGAUGUUCGUCCUCGAGACCAGUUUGACAGUGGUCAUAUCUAUGCAAAGUCGAUCAUUUGCAUUGAGCCGGUAGUGCUGAAAGAAAACGUGUCUGCCGAAGAACUUGAGGAACGCCUAGUCGUGUCUCCCGAUUACGAACAGACAUUGUUCGAGCGGCGCAACGAAUUCGAUCUCGUGGUGUAUUAUGAUCAACAGACGGCCUCCGUCAGCUACCUCGCAGGAUCCCCUGUAGGCACGUCGGCGCCGCAUUUGAGAGCGCUUCAUGACACAUUGUAUGAGUUCAAUGAGUACAAGCCAUUGAAGGCGGGACGACCACCAGCGCUGCUGCUUGGUGGACUGGAUGCAUGGAUUGAUCUUCUUGGGCAGCAAUCGCUUGCGACGUCUUCUACUGCUGCUGUUAUGGGAUCUCUGCAGGCCAAAAAGCCCGUUCCGAGACCCGGAAGACCACUUGGUCGGGUUCCCACCAUGGCCAGUGCCAAUUCCAGUCUAGAAGUACGCAAGAGGAGGUUGCGCGAAUUUACACCGCUCAAUUCGGAGGAGUUGUCGGCAUGGUUGGAAAGGUCGAAAAACGAGGAGAUUGACACCAGUCAUUAUCUGGAGGAGGAACCGUUGACCGAAGAGCCGCAGGAGGAGGGUCAGCCCGAGCCCAUCACUCCAUUUGUGCAUUCUUAUGAGGCCUUUUUGCGCCGCUUCCCGGAGCCCCAGCAUAUCCAACAGUCCAUGAUGCACCCAGGGUCCCAACCAUCUACGCCAGUCGCGAACUAUCCUGCUCCCGUCCCAGUGGCUCCUUCGCGGCCACCUCCUGCGGUCCCUCGUCCCAGUUAUAGCGGUGUCUCUGACGGUCGUCACAUACAGCCCCAUCUGGAGCGACAAAUUUCGGCAAAUCGCGUGGCCUUGUAUACAUCGAACUCGUAUCUCAGCCGUCUCAAGCUUCCACGAACGGGCCUACACAACUUUGGUGUCACCUGCUAUAUGAAUUCCACCAUCCAAUGUCUCAGCGCAACCGCCAUGAUGAGUAAGUUCUUUAUCGACGAUCGGUACCGCUAUUACGUGCAGAAGAAUUGGAAGGGCUCGCAAGGAGUGAUGCCGGGUCUAUAUGCAAAUCUCAUUCGGUCCCUUUGGAAGGGCGAUGUGGAAGUGAUCAUGCCUACGUCUUUUCGCAACUUCUGUGGCCGCCUGAACCGGGAGUGGGCCAUUGAUCGACAGCAAGACGCAAAGGAGUUCUUCGAUUUCCUCGUGGACUGUUUGCAUGAAGAUCUCAACAUCAAUUGGCAGCGCAACCCCCUGCGGCCCUUGACCUUUUCGGAGGAGAUGCAACGUGAGCGAAUGCCUGUACAGAAAGUAUCGGGAAUUGAAUGGAACCGUUACUGCCAUCGGGAAGACUCUUUCAUCUCAUCGCUGUUUGCCGGUCAGCACGCCAGUCGACUGAAAUGCACCACCUGCCGCAAGACAUCUACCACCUACGAAGCCUUUUACAGCAUCAGCGUCGAGAUUCCGCCUGACGGUACCGGUGAUAUUUACCAAUGCCUGCGAAGCUACUGCCAAGAGGAGAUGCUUAGCGGCGAGGAGGUCUGGAAAUGCCCGCACUGCAAGUGCGACCGUAUUGCGACCAAACAGAUUAUCAUCACGCGAGCUCCGCAGAUCCUAGUCGUCCAUUUCAAGCGCUUCUCCGCAUCCAAGACUCAGAGCGCGCGCAAGAUCCACACUCCAAUCGAGUUCCCCUUGUACGGCCUUCGCAUGGAUGACUUUGUCGUCCCGUACCCAACCUCCGGCCCGCCAUCCGAGCCCAGCACGCCCGGUAUCAUGAGCGCGACCACGCCUCCAUUUACAUACGACGCCUUUGGAGUGCUGCGGCACAUUGGAUCAUCUAUGGGUAGCGGUCACUAUAUAUCGCUAGUACGGGACGCCGAACGGCAGUGCUGGCGCCGGUUCGACGACGAGCGGACGACCGAAUUCAACCCGCGUGAUCUGCGGGCGCGCGACCGGCUGCAGAAUGAGCAGGCGUAUAUUGUGUUUUAUGAGCGAGUUCCAGCGAAAUGA